UAUUCGCCUCUAAACCUAGUGGGAUCCGGACUCCAGCAACAACCGUCAAAAAAUGCGUUUGACUACGACGCACAAGUGCACAGGAUUCGGAAUCCAGGAGAUUCUGGGUUUGAAUAAGGAGCCACCCGCGGUUACGCGGCGUCCAUUGGAAUCUUUGCCGCACAGAGCGCACCUUCUGGCAGCUAGAUCGGCUUUGGACUCGGCGGGAGUCGGGAUUGGGAUGGGAAUUAUUGGUCCAGGAGGAGGAAUUCAUUCGUUUUACAGCCAGCCUGCCUUUCUGGAGGUGUUACAGGAGGCGCAGAGUGUUCACCUUCAGCCGCUCAACGGGGCCAGGGCAAUGGGACAGCUUGAUGCGCACUACUCCGCAAGCUGCUCUGAUUCAGAUGAUAUAUCCUCCAGUGAAAAGACAUUUCACUCCAAAUCAUUGAUGAACCAAAACAAGAACAGAAAGAAGAGACGACACAGGACUAUAUUCACGUCAGAUCAGCUGGAUGAGUUGGAGAAGGCUUUCAACGAGGCCCACUACCCUGAUGUUUACGCCAGAGAGAUGCUCUCCAUGAAGACUGAACUUCCAGAGGACAGGAUACAGGUUUGGUUUCAGAACCGCCGUGCCAAGUGGAGGAAGAGGGAGAAGUGUUGGGGUCACAGCAGUGUGAUGGCGGAGUACGGCCUGUACGGUGCCAUGGUCCGCCACUCCAUCCCUCUGCCCGAGUCCAUCCUCAAGUCAGCCAAGGACGGUAUCAUGGACUCCUGUGCCCCAUGGCUACUUGGUAUGCACAAGAAGUCUAUAGAUACCCCUGUUCCGACCUCUCCUGUAAAACUGGAAGCUCCCCUCUCCAAACUUCCUGCCAGGGAACGAGAGAGGGAGAGAGUGGUGGAGCGAAAGGUAGAGGAAGAGGAGGAGGAGGAGAGGAGAGAGAAUACCAGAUCGCCCAUAUCCAAAGAGGAACUGAGAGAGAAUAGCAUCGCAGCACUCAGGGCUAAAGCUCUGGAACACAGCGCUAAGAUGCUGGGGACACAUCCUGAUGGAGGACCACUGGGGACAGUUUCAGGGGACGUACCAGUGGGGCAGAGACAGCCGACGGAGACAGAGGACAAACAGACAGAAGGACAGUUGAAUCCUGCAGAGAAGAUAGAGCCCAGUCACUGAUAUGAACGCAUUCUUCUAAAGACUAUGCUAGGGCCUGUUGAUGCCCUCUCUGUAAAGAACACUGUUUACAUACUCCUGACAUCCAUACCAUUAUAAAAAAAGAUAGUAUUAGUUACAAUACACAUUAUUCUUUCUAGCAAAAUAUAUUCAUAAUGUUCCUAUGACACCAAUACCGGAUUUCGUCAACCUCCACAAUCCUCCUGUCAUGGGGAUUCAUUUUGUCCAGAUCAAAUUUUCCAUCAUGGGAAUUCCAACUCAGUAAACUACUACAACUAUACCCUGGUCUAUACCUGUCUACUAUGUUGUAAUCUGGCAGCUAUUUGGCAGCUUGCAAUUGUACAACUUUAAGAAGACUUAACUAUUUGGUUACAUGGAUCAGUCUUUGCAUAUUGUACUGGCCCAUAUUAUUUUCCAAGGUAAUAGUCAAACCACACAAGGUGAAAGAUACAUGUUAUGAUAAAAAUGCUGUGGAAUAAUGUGAACAUCAAGAGACUCAUCUUGAGAGGAUGCAUGAACAUUUUUACACAAAAUAGACUUAUCCCCUUGAAAUGUACACCUGCUCGUCUAACAUCUCAUUCCAAAAUCAUGGGCAUUAACAUGGAGUUGGUCCCCACUUUGCUGCUACAACCAGCCUCCACUAUUCUGGGAAGGCUUUCCACUAGAUGUUGGAACAUUGCUGCGGGGACU